ACGACUCCGGAAUUGCUGAACAAAACGCCUUCAACUUCAUUUCGAUUCAUCAGUCAAAAAGUAAUCAUGGCGGCGAUUGAUGUUGAGCCACCGAAAAUGGAGCCUUCCCUGCGUACUCUAAAACUGUCAGGGCAUGUCGGUUUCGACAGCCUCCCAGAUCAGUUGGUGAACAAGAGUGUGCAGAACGGGUUUGUCUUCAAUAUCCUGUGCAUAGGUGAGACAGGCCUGGGCAAGUCGACCCUGAUGGAUUCUCUUUUCAACACUAACUUUGAGUCCACUCCCAGCCCACACAACCUGCCCACGGUGAAGCUAAAGGCCCAUACGUACGAGUUGCAGGAGAGCAGUGUUCGGCUGAAGCUAACAAUAUGCGACACGGUGGGGUACGGAGACCAGGUGAACAAGGAGGACAGCUUCAAGGCGGUGGUGGACUACAUCGACGCGCAGUUCGAGGCCUACCUGCAGGAGGAGCUGAAGAUCAAGCGCGCGCUGCCCACGUACCAUGACAGCCGCUUGCACGUCUGCCUCUACUUCAUCUGUCCUACUGGUCACGGUCUGAAAUCCAUCGACUUGGUGUGCAUGAAGAAACUAGACACCAAAGUGAACAUUAUCCCCAUCAUCGCCAAAGCCGACACCAUCUCCAAGACGGAACUGCAGAAGUUCAAGUCGAAGAUAAUGCAAGAGCUGCAAGCGAACGGCGUGGAGAUCUAUUCGUUCCCGACGGACGACGAGUCGGUGUCGGAGGUCAACGGCGGUAUGAACGCGCACAUCCCCUUCGCCGUCGUCGGCUCCACCGACUUCGUCAAGUGCGGCAACAAGACCGUGCGCGCGAGGCAGUACCCCUGGGGCACCGUGCAAGUGGAGAACGAGUCCCACUGCGACUUCGUGAAACUUCGCGAGAUGCUGAUCCGCACCAACAUGGAGGACAUGCGCGAGAAGACGCACGCGCGACACUACGAGCUCUACCGCCGCCGCCGCCUGCAGCAGAUGGGCUUCAGCGACGUCGACGCCGACAACAAGCCGGUGUCGUUCCAGCAGACGUUCGAGCAGAAGCGCGUGGCGCACCUGGCCGAGCUGCAGCAGAAGGAGGACGAGAUGCGCCAGAUGUUCGUGCAGCGCGUCAAGGAGAAGGAGGCCGAGCUCAAGGACGCCGAGAAGGAGCUGCACGCCAAGUUCGACCGUCUCAAGAAGGACCACACGGACGAAAAGAAACGCUUGGAGGAGCUGCGCAAGAAGAUCGAGGACGACACCAUCGAGUUCAACCGCCGCAAGCAGCACGCCGCCACGCACCACCACACGCUCACGCUCGGCAAGAGCAAGAAGAAGUAACCGUCGAUGGAUACCACGACGUAUUUGCUAGGGAUCGUCUGUUCAUCACGUGAGGCUCGAAGAAUUCGGAAAAUACAACUGUAUCACCUAAAGGAAGGAUAUAGGGAACUGAUACCACCUCCCGUUCUCAAGACGGCAACGCUUUUCAGCCUAUAAUAGGUUGGCCGUUAAUCAAACCCAACCAGUGAAGGUUGAGUAAGUAGUCCUAUGGAGCUUUGGGACUAAUCCACCACUGCUCCUGUACAGCCAGGAUAUACAGGUUAGCCAAUUAAACUCAACCAGUGAAAGUUGAGUGAUCCCAGAGUAUAGCUGGGGAACCCGCACUUAUAUGAAAUCAGAGGAAUAUAGGAAAAGAAAUGCAUAUAAUGAGAUACAAUUUAUUUUUAUUUAUUUAAAAUGAGUGCGAGAUUUCGCAUAGCCUUUGCUAUGAAAAUCACGUGAUUAACGGACGACCCGACUACGUGCAGUCGACACCACAUCAGACUACAUUAGUGUUGCAAAUAACACCAAUAUACAAUAACUAUAAAAUGCUAGUGUUUACCCUGAUGUGACGUCGAAAGCGCACCGGUGGCUGACAUCGGCGCAGAAUUGUUUUAUUGCAAUAACAUAUUUAAAACCAUUUUGGUUCCGUGUGUCCACUAAGUUCAGUUCUAUUAAUGAUUUUUGAAUUUUAAUGCAAUGUUUACACAAGAUUGAAAUUAUAUUGUGUGAUGAACGCAAGUAUUUAGUGAGAUUUUUGUGAAGGGAGAAUAAUGUACACCGAAUCAAAUGCAUAUAACUGUUGGCAAUGAGUAUUUUACUAUGAAGUGCUCUAUUACUGAUAGUGAAUUGAAUGAUUGAUUUGUAAAGCCGAGUUGUGUUCCACCUACAUGAUGAAUGCUCAGUAGAUGUCCCACGAGCCACGCUUACCUUCUCGAAGAAGUGUUUUGUAUAGAAACCUAUGUAACAAGAUGAUAAAAAUAUUCUUUUUUCUUCCUUUCUCGCUUGCUUAUUUAGUUCCUAUAUUUAUUGUUUGUGGCCCAUGGUUCAGAUACUGAUAAAUUGGAAAUCUAUUGGAUUAUUUGAAAAUUAUCAAAUAUUUAUUCUAAUACGUAGACGUUUAGGGUUAUUUUGGACUCGCAAGCCAUGAAGCAGUGACUGUUACUGCGCGAUUCCGCGCGUCUGAACUAUCUCUUACUAUCGUUAAAAGUCAUGGUGGAUACAAAAACUUUUAGUGCAAAGUUGAGGUACCUUGAUGUAUAAUUUCACGCUUUAGUGAUAUAAUAGUUUUAAAAUGAAAGCUAUAGAAAUCGAUAGCUUCAAAUUUUAUAACGAAUUUUAAUAGCAGUUGUCAAGUCUCAUAUCACAGUUUUAAUAAAUAAAAACGAUUGUAUUACAAUAUUAUAAACCUAAAACUUGAAUAAUAAAUAGAAGGUGAUAUCGACACUGCAUUCGGCUUAUUGCUUACUAAAAGAAUGAGAUUCGGCCAAACGUACCGCUUGGUACAAAGCACGUACCAAAUGUAUUAAUAAUAUUGUAUUGUAUUAUUUACAACCAUUACUUUAUUUGUAGUGUAAGAUGAUAUUUGGGAAUGUUACUCAUUGUACUAAAAGUAGUUUAAGAAGCCAACUGAAGGCUGUAAGUGGAUGUGUAUCUGUAGUUUCUGUAUCGUCGAUCGUUAUGUUUCUAGUGAUGUUCCCGACAAAAUUACAGAAUCCGAGUAAUCAUUACUGGGAAGUAUACCAAUUGCAGAAUACUUUAAAUCGCAAGUAUUGGUAUACUUAUCACAUCAUUAAUAGCUAUCGACGUUAUAGGAAUAUGAAAUGUAGUAAAUACAACUAUGUGAUCGAAACGAUGUAACAUACUCACUCAAGUAUCUAAAGUAGAACCAUAAGUUAUAUAUUCGAGAAAUUAAACAUAGUUGUGUUUAAAUAGUUUAUUGUGAACUGAUCAAAUAUCGCUUGUAAUAAAAUUGCCUAUAAAUAAUUUUGUAUGACUAGAGUUAACUAUAAUUAUUGACUAAACAUUCAUUUUACAUUCUGAUUACUUUUUAGUAUUGUUUAUUUAUAUUUAGAAGACAUAAAUAUACCAAGAUUUUAAGUAACGAAGGAAAUAUGCGUUACAUAUUUAAAAGUUACUAAUCAUGCUCUCUAUAGUUGUGUAUCAUCUAUCUCCCAUGUUGAAUUAUUUUCAGAAGAAAUAGCAUAGUCAUAGGCAUAGCCAAUUUUUAAAUUUUGAUUUAAAAUCCGUACCAGGUUAAAAUAAUUUAAGCCUUUGUCUGUUACCUAUUUGUGCGUUUAAGCAACAAAAUCAACAAAAAGCGUUAAUUUUGUUAAUAUUAAUAAUCCAUAAACACCAUAAAAUUAUCAGAGAUUAUAUCAACAUGGGAAUUAGAUGAUCAAAUCUAUGUUUGUGUUUUUAUAUACAGUUGCUAAAUACGAACUAUCAGAGCAUCGAACUAAACGUUCCACUCGCAUUUAGUGUUUACUCUUUAUUCCUAGUUUUAAAAGUAAUUUUAUACUUAAUUUUCUAAAUAUGAAUUUUACCUGACUGAGGUAUUAAUAAAAUCAUGAAAUUA